CAAUGUAUUCACCAGCAAUCCACAAGUGUAGCUUUCUUCUUAAUUUGUUUUAGUAUAUAAUUGAGUUUCCUCUCUCACUCGAUCUUUUUCUCGAACACAUAAGAGAUGGCCGUUUGUAGAGUUUCAUUUGGAGUUUUGGUCGCCAUUGUUGCUCUCUUUGCCGUUGUCUUGCCUUUGGCUCAUGCCCAGUCCCCGGUUUCUGCUCCUUCUCCUUCUCCCACAAGCGACGGCACCACAAUAGACCAAGGAGUAGCAUAUGUUCUAAUGCUAGUGGCAUUGGUGCUCACAUACCUUAUUCACUGAUAUCCAACCUUCAACUUCAUCGUAAUUAGCUUCAAUUUAUUCUCUUCUAUUUUUGAGGAUGUGGGUAUUUGUCCAUUUGGAUUUAAGCCACCAACUCAUUUUCAUUUGGGCAGUGCAUUCUUUCUGCACUUCUUUUUUAUUAUUUUAUAUUAAUUUUCCAGUGAUCACUUCUUCUUUUUCUUUA